AUGGCGCGGUUGCUGCUCCAGCAGUACCAGGACAUCCCUGAUGGUACCGAGUGCCACCGCAAAGCCUAUGCCAGCACCAGUAUCGGCGGCGCCACCGGUCUUGCUGCCUCUGCUUACAGCCUCUCACUCAAUCCCCCGGAUUCCUUCUUCCAAGGGCUGGCCAGGGCAGGACGAUACACGUUUACCGCAGCCGCCAUCGGCGCCGUGUUUGGCCUUGCCUCCUGCGUCAGCGCCCAGGUCCGGGAGAAGCCUGACGACCCCCUGAACUACUUCAUCGGAGGCUGUGCUGGGGGCCUAACCCUGGGGGCGCGCAUGCACAGCUAUGGUGUCGGCGCCGCAUCCUGCGUGUACAUGGGCACAGUUGCUGCCCUGGUCAAGAUGGGCCAGCUGGAGGGCUGGAAAGUGUUUGUGGAGCCCAAGGUGUGA